AUGUUGGCAAACAAAAUAUCCUAUCACCUCGACUUAAGAGGACCGUCAAUACCCGUUGAUACUGCUUGCAGUUCAAGUUUGACAGCACUACACCUGGCUGUUCAAUCGCUAAGGACUGGUGAUUGCGAAGCCGCUAUUGUUGGCGGUUGUCAGUUGAAUCUGAGACUGGCAGAUUUCGUACAGUAUAGUCAAGGUUCACUUUUGGCGCCUGAUGGUAAAUGCAAACCCUUUGAUGCAGAUGCUGACGGGUUCUCAAGAGGAGAAGGCGCAGUUGUCAUAGUGUUGAAACCAUAUGACGAUGCCAUCCGUGACGCAGACCAUAUUUAUGGGGUAAUACUUGGGACUGGUAUCAAUGCAUCAGGUUCCGUUGCUCCAGCUUAUGCACCCGUAGCAAACGCUCAAAUGGAAGCCAUGCUUCGAGCUUAUCAAGGUACCGGAAAGGAUCCCCGAGAUGUCGACUUUGUAGAACUGCAUGCCACUGGAACUGCCGCUGGUGACCCAACUGAAUGCAAUUGGGUCGGUGAGAAUUUUGGCAGAGAUUCCGAGUUGCUGAU